AUGAUACAAGAUGCUCGAACAAAGGAGUUCUGCGAGAACGGCGAUACCUUUAACGGCUGGAUUGGUCAAGAUGUCCACUUCUUGUUUUCAACCCUCAAGGGUGGAAAAGACUGCUGCUGGGUUCUGACACAUAAAGAUGACCAUGACAUUGAUGAGUCGUGGUCAUUUCCCGGUAAGAUCGAAGAAGUCCUGGACCUUCUCAAGGACUGGGACCCUACUUGCCGAGCAAUUGUCGAGAAGACACCUUCAGUCGUGGAUUGGAAGCUCGUAUAUCGUGACCCGUUACCGACAUGGAUCAGCCAGAAAGGGCGUAUCGUGUUACUCGGAGAUGCUGCUCAUCCAUUCCUUCCGACUAGCGCUCAAGGUGCGACGCAAGCUAUGGAGGAUGGCGUUACGAUUGCUGUCUGCCUAAAGCGCGCUGGUAAAGGGAAUGUUCCAGGAGCACUCAAUGCUCAUCAAAAUUUGAGAUACGAGCGCGUCAGAGCGGUUCAAAAGACUGGCGAAUCUACCAGAGAUCUCUGGCACAAGACUGACUGGGAGAAAGCCAAGAAGGAUCCUAGCAGCAUUGGGUUUCCGCGAGAGGAUUGGAUACAUGGAUUUGACGCCGAGAAAUAUGCUGAAGAUAACUUCGAGACUGCUUCAGGCGAUAUCGCCGCUUGUGAAGACCCUGCGACGAAUAUUCUGGAUCAAGAACGGCCAAUCAUGGCCAAGGUAACUAGCUAG